AUGAAUAGUUCAAAGAAUUUACAUAAAAUUUUUAUGGAAAUGUAUCAUAUAUCAGGUGUUCUUUCAUCUGAUCUUGAAUCUUGGGCCGAUGGCUUUGCAAGAUUGGAAUAUGAAGCCGCUUUCGCUGCCAAGGACGAACAAAUUCAAAAAUUAGGCGAUACCAACGAUGAUUUACAUAAUAAAACUACUCAACAAGGGGAAACACCCGACAUAAACGCAUUUCAAUUGACAGCAAUUACAUCGACGAACGUCGAUGGCGUCCCUUAG